GCUCUUUUAGCCCUUACCAUGCACAAGAGUGCGGUCUGUGUGUUUCUUGCCUCUGUGGUGCUGCUAUGCGGCGCCGCCCCACUGGACCACCAGCAUGGUGGUUCGGACUCCAAGUGUCCGCUGAUGGUUAAGAUCCUGGAUGCAGUGAAGGGGGCACCGGCCGGCAGUGUGGCCCUCAAGGUGUCGCGGCGCGGUGCCAACGGAGAGUGGGCACAAGUGGCAUCCGGAGUAACAGACCCCACAGGUGAGGUUCAUGAUCUGAUCUCGGAGCAGAACUUCCCUGCUGGAGUUUACCGUGUGGAGUUCGACACUAAAUCAUACUGGAAAGCAGAGGGGAGGACGCCGUUCCACGAGGUGGCAGAGGUGGUAUUUGAAGCACAUGCGGAAGGCCAUCGUCACUACACUCUGGCACUGCUGCUAAGCCCUUUCUCCUACACAACCACAGCUGUGGUGGUCAAGGCCCACGACUGAUGCACACUGGUACACACACGGUUCACCAUUAUCUCCAUCUUCACUGACACGCAAUAAAUGAAUAAAUGACAUGCCAAAUAA